UCCCUGCAACACCACCACCACCAUCACUACCAUUUCCUCUCCACCCCCACCAAACUCUUCGGUGGUACCUUGAAAUCAUCCUUUAAUCACAUCAAAACAACAACUAAGAGCCUACCGGAAUCUCGCAAACUCGGUGCUCAAUCGUUGCGAUGCGAGCAGAAGAGCGGGGAAAGGCUAACCAAGGUGAGCAACGGAAACGAUUCGUUGGACAUCUGCAGAGUUCUCAACGGAAUGUGGCAGACCAGUGGUGGUUGGGCCGAAUAGACCGUGACGACGCCGUUGACGCCAUGCUUCGUUAUGCCGACGCUGGCCUAUGCACAUUCGACAUGGCCGAUCACUAUGGUCCUGCAGAAGAUCUCUAUGGAAUUUUCAUCAACAGAGUUCGUCGAGAGCGCCCACCGGAGUUAUUGGAACAGGUCAAAGGUCUUACAAAAUGGGUGCCACCUCCAGUUAAGAUGACGAGUCGCUACGUCCAGGACAGCAUCAAUGUUUCACGAAAGAGAAUGGAUGUUGCUUCCCUAGACAUGCUUCAGUUUCAUUGGUGGGAUUAUUCCAAUCCAGGCUACCUUGAUGCACUUAAACACCUUACUGAUCUGAAAGAAGAAGGUAAAAUUAAGACGGUGGCUUUGACAAACUUUGAUACUGAAAGGCUACAAAUAAUCCUGGAAAAUGGGAUUCCAGUUGUCAGCAAUCAGGUGCAACAUUCUAUUGUUGAUAUGCGUCCUCAAGAAAGAAUGUCUGAAUUUUGUCAACUCACUGGAGUUAAACUCAUAACGUAUGGCACAGUGUUGGGUGGUCUCUUGUCUGAAAAGUUCCUUGAUACUAACUUAGCGAUUCCUUUUGCUGGGCCUCCAUUAAACACUCCUUCCCUCCAGAAGUACAAAAGGAUGGUUGAUGCCUGGGGAGGGUGGAGUCUGUUUCAAGUUCUGCUUCAAACACUAAAGAAGGUAGCCUCUAAACAUGGGGUCUCAAUUUCAACUGUUGCUGUUAGAUAUAUCCUUGAUCAGCCAUCGGUGGCAGGGUCAAUGAUAGGAGUUCGGCUUGGUCUCUCUGAGCAUAUCCAAGAUGCAAAUGCUGUGUUUUCACUAGUUCUUGAUGAGGAUGAUGUAAAUAGCAUCCAAGAAGUAUCAAAGAAAGGAAAGAAUCUUCUAAGAGUAAUUGGUGACUGCGGAGAUGAAUAUAGGCGUGCAUGAGAACUGUACUUUUGUCACCUUUUUUGUCCUCUUUAAAGAAAUGGGAUUUUGCAUCGAUAUUGAAUUGUGUACAACUCCUGUGGAUCCUUGAAAAAACUGAUUUCAUUUGUAGUCUC